ACUUAUCUCUGUGAUAACAGUUUAUUUACACUUAAGACGGAAUUUGGUGAUUAAUAACAAAUGUCAAAGAUCGAGAUAUUUUUUAUCAUUAUAGUAACCAUGUUUAUAUUAAGGGUUAUCAUUUCGAAUAACUAUAAAAUAAAAAUAAAAAAUUAUUGAAAUUAUAAGAUCAAGGCACACUGUCACUGUCAAAACAAUAUGGCGUAUCGAUAAAUAGCACAGGUAAAGUCUCGUUCUAACAACCGUGAUGUGGAGUAUUAUUACACUGAUUGGUGUAACGGUUUCCAGUCCUGUUAGUAUAAUAGUCCAAGGAAAUAGCAUUCUGAAAUCUUGAAAUAUAUAUUUGUAUGCAUCUUUUCCUGCAAUGGCAAUAAUUAUUCUCUCAUAUUGGUCUGUCAUGAUCAAAUCCAAAUAAUAAAUGCACUUAAUAAUUUCUUAAUUUACGGUAUCUAUUUUCAGACUUUAUUUUAUCAAAAGAAACUUGGUAUUAUACAUAAGGUUUUGAUAGAAGAUAGUUUUACAGCCAUGACUGGUGCACAAGGAUUUGAUCCCCACAAGAAUAUGAGAAAAGUAAAGGCUGUCAACAAGUUUUCAAAUAUGGAGUAUCCAGAAAUGACUAUUUUAAGUAAAGGUGAAUUGAUUUUCUUGACAAAACAGCCAGUAAAGAACAUAUUAGAGAAACCAUCAGAAAGUAUACUCAAUAGCAGUAUACAUGUGAGCAAGUACGAAAGAAAAAAACCCAAAGUAGAUGUAGAUAAAAAGAUGAAGGAAAUUGAAGGCAACAUCACAUGUAUUAAAAAUGAACCAAAAAAAGGGUCUCCAAGAUUGAAUGAAUGCUUUAUGGCGCUAGUGAACGUUCUCCAAAUUCUGCCAGAUAAGACACUUACAUUUGUUGCAGAACAUUACUUUAUGAAGUUGAACUUAAGACUCCAAGAAAAAAGACAGUCUACUGUUAUCAUGUUAGAUGCAUAUGGAUCAUUGACAAGUCAGAAGAGUCAAGAGAUCAUUGGUAAAAUGAUUUUCCUUAGAACCAAACUAGAUCCUGAUUUAAUUGUACAGUACAUGAUACAUGUUGUGAGUGCUCAUGACCCACCACACCCAAUCCAUGGUUGUAUAGGCAAAAAAGAUCCAUUCAGUCUGAGGUAG